GCAUAACAGGAAGAGAGUAGCCGGGAGAGUAGAGGGGCAAUUAUCAUUUAGGAGAGGUCAUGGAGAUGAAUGAAGUGCUGAGGCGACAGUCAAGCGGAAAAAGAGGAAGCGAAUCCAUGGCAGCAAGGAAGAUGUCGCGCAUCCUGUUCCGCUCACCGGGAUGUGGUUUACAGUCCGCUUGCUCCGAUCGCGAUAGCGAGCAAUGUUAUCGCGUGUGCACUGUAUGGAGGGGGACACCUCUGCCGCUGGUGUUAAGUUCCAGUGUGACACCCAUGACUGGCGACAACCCGCCACCUCGUAUAGCUAUUGAUCUCGGUACUUCGUCUUGCGCGGUGGCAGUGUGUCGCAAUGGGAGGGUCGAGGUCAUACCGGACGUGUACGGUAAACUUGCAGCUCCGUCAGCUGUGGCAUUCACGGACACUAAGCGAUUGGUGGGCGAGCAAGCACAAAAACAACUGCUGCGGAGAUCUGAGAACUUGCUGUACGAGGUGAAACGAUUGAUAGGAAGGGAUUUCAACUCUAUCAGAGAGAAGGAGCGGCGAUGGUGGUCGUUCAGCGUCGUUAGAGGAGGCUCGGGCGAGCCCGGCGAGGCGAUGCAGGCGAUGCUGGAGGUAAGGAGUGAGCAUCUCUCGAGUUUGAUGAGCAAUCGUGGAAGACAGACUACGGUAGGGUAUGGAGAGAGAAAGGUGUGUGGUAUGGAGAGCGAGGGGGGCGGUUGGGCUUUCGGGGCUGAACAGCAGAUCAGCUCGUCAGUGGGCAGCAGCGCUCGGCAUCAAAUCACCUCCUCGAUGGGCAGUACAGCGGAGAGUUUGAUGAGCAAUCAUGGAGGACAGACAACGGAGAGAAAGGUGUGUGGUAUGGAGAGCGAGGGGGGCGGUUGGCCUUUCUGGCCGGGACAGCAAAUCACCUCGUCGAUUGGCAGCAGCGCUCGACAUCAACUCAACUCUUCGAUGGGCAGUGCAGUGGAGCUGUGGCCCGGGGGAGACAUCAGUGGUAGGGAGAGCGAGCUCGCGGGGUCAUCUACGACCGAGGAUGCUUCCACGAAGACUCUCUUGGCGCCUGAGCAGGUACUAGCGAUGCUUCUAGCGAAGCUGAAGGGUGAUGCCGAGAGAUUUCUUAAGUGCGGCAAUCUGCCCGCCGCUGUCAUUACCGUUCCUGCGCUCUACUGCGAUAAGCAGCGAUCCGCGACCAAACUGGCGGCGGAGAUUGCAGGAUUCACGGAUGUGAAACUCGUCAGCGAAUCGACGGCAGCAGCUCUGUCUUACGCCCAUCACACGGGAUUGAUCUCGCUGGGCUCCUGCCCCGGUGUUUCUCCUCCAGAAGAGACUCGGAGACGAACUAGAAUGCUAGUGUUUUCGGUGGGUGGGGGAAGCUUUGAAGUCGCCCUCGUUACGAUCGCCGGCGGGGUGCUGAGCGUGAACUCGGCGUGCGGUAAUCCAAGUCUAGGAGGGAUGGACUUCGACCACAAGAUGAUGGAAGAAAUACUCGCUGGCGUGAAGGAGCAGUUUGAUCAGACUCCGGCACUGAACGCCACCAAUUUGCGGGAGCUCAAGGCAGCGAGCGAAAAAGCGAAGAAAGACUUAACUCUGUUGGACGAUGCGCAGGUUGAUCUUGAGUUCCUUUGCGGGGAUGGCGACGCCAAGCUGGUCAUCCGCCGUGAGAAAUUCGAGAAAAACUCCAAGUGUUUGGUGGAGAAGUGCAUGGACUGCGUCAAAGAAGUCUUACGGGUAGGCCAAACUAACCCCUCCGAUCUGAAUGAGGUUGUGUUGGUGGGUGGGUCGACACGCAUUCCCAAGGUCGUAGACAUGCUAAGAAAGACCCUUAAUUUCUCGUUGGGCCCAAAGUCCCACCCUUUUCAAGACGAAGCUGUUGUGCGCGGUGCGGCGCUCUUUGCAGCUGGCUUCAGCGACAAGAUCGCAGACAUUCACCCCGUGUUGAUUGGCUACUUCGACCAUCGGCUUGGCGAAUACGUCUCCUCCCGACCGUCCAGGAGGCCGAUCAGAUACGAUCUGCCAGCUGUCAUCAAUGCUUGGAGUCACGAUGUAAGAGAUCGUCAGAUGAAGCUGGAAAUUUAUGAGAAUACAGUUGGUGGAAAAGGAUGUAUAAGGACGGGGACGAUAGCGAUGGCGGCAGUAGGGCCAGGUGACGUCAACCGUUGUGUCCUCCCUGGGAUCACGAUCGAUGGAUGCGGGAUUCUGGGUCUUGACGCUGGCGGUCCGCCUGGUUCAGUGUCUGCUGCUAGGCUUUACAAAGACGGCCGUAGAUCAACGGAUGAGAUUCAUCGUUGGAAACAGCUUGCUGAAAAGUUAACUUUGUGCGAGCGAAGAAUUGCGGAGAUGAGCAGUGCGAAGAAUCGCUGUAGGAAAUACAUCGCCGAGGUGGAGAAGCGAAAGUCUUCAUGCCCGAGCUGGCUAUGGAGUACUCUAUCUGAAUGGAAGUGUGAUAUCGAGCGAUGGCUUGGCAAGGAGGAGGGUCAGGAUGACGAAGGAGGGAUAGAGCAGUUUACCGUCAUCUUUGGGGACUUCCGGAGGGGGUGUCGAUGGGCCCUUGGAGACUUGUGGGCGAGAUCGAUAUCGGGACGGAGAUUCUUAGUGGUGGACAGUUGGGACACGAGCGAUGUCGAUCAGUCCGUACAGAAUCUGAUGACGUACGGAGGCCGACGAGAGCUCUGUGACGUGGUCGUCUCUAUGCCAUUCAAGGAGCUUCGGAAGAUGAAGGAGCGGAUUGAAGGGAUCGAGGGCGUCGAAGUAGCGACCCACUGCUUUUCGUUCGAUGCCAAUCCGAUCGCCGUUAAGGAGAGCGGGAUCCCAUACGCGGUAGUCUCAGCAGGUCCCGUCUCGCCUUCGGGCGAUGGCGCUCUUCUCUGCCACGCACGGAACAAGAUCGUGGGUCAGCAGGUUGCACUAGCGGUGCAAGCAGGUCUUCGGGUCGUGCUGUGCCUUGGACGAUAUGAUUGCCGAGGCGAUCAGGCCAGUGAUCGGUCGUUUGAACGGAAGGAAGAGCAGCGUCUUUGUGAAGGGCAACUCAGGGACAUUGUACCUCCCAUUGGCCGCGAUUGGAGAAACAUAGAGAUCGCGUAUAUGCCUCCGCAUCAUCAUCUCUCUUCUUCAUCGCUCCCAUUGCCUAGAGAAGAAGAGGCGUAUUCGGCGCCACGGAGUGGUGGCGCACUUCUGGACGUUGUUGAGGUUCUUCAGACGAUUCGGCACAUAAGAGGGGUGAUCAGGGGCUUGGUGAAUGAGGAAGCUGCCGACACAACGCGGGUCCUUGUCGGUGGGUGCUGCUCAACGGUGGGGAUGUGGGAUGACCUCAUCAAGCAUGAUGAGAUUCAGGGGUUGGUGUUUGAAGGGGGGUUUCGGGACCCCCUCCUCGUCGACAAACUCCGCGUUCCCAGUCGGGAGCGGAGGGGUAAAGUCUUACUUUGCCGUGGGGAAAACGGACAUGCCUCUCUGGACAAGCGGAACAUAGAGCGGCUGCAGAGAGUCAGCGAGGAGGUGAUGGGUGGAGAAGAGGUGCUCUGGAUUACCGUGAGGAACGCGAUGAGUGAGAGACUUGGAUACUUGCGCGAGAGACAGACUGGUAGCAUUGACUUCGUCUGGAAGGGGGGUGCUUUAGUUGAAGACGAUUGCCAGCAGGCAAUCAACCCCCCCCGGCGUGAGGUGACGAUCGUCCCUCUUUGUGGCGGCUGGCAUGAAGAGGAGCUUGCACAGAUAAUAGAGAACCAGCUUUCAAGCUGGAGCGAUUAUCUGAAGCGAGCUGAUUUCGCUAAUGGGGAGGAGGUUGUUGUUGAGUACAGGGCUGCGCCUGGUGUGGUAGACGUUGAAGUACCACGGCAGAACCUUCCCUUGGCCAUAGAGACCGCUCACGCCCGCAUCAGGAGGUGGAUUUUGACGAAAAUCAGCCCCUACGUGGCACAAGCGGUGCGUAUCGUUUGUUCCUUGGACGAUCUGACCCAACAAACCGAAACACACAGAGAAAUCGCGAAGCAACCAAAUGUGGAUGGCCUAAGCCUGCACGUCGAGCAUCCGGGAAAUGCACCAACGCUCGGGGGAAAAGCAACAGAGAACGGACCGCUGACGCAAGAUCCAUUCAUGAAGCCCACGCUAGUUCUACUCACAGGAGCAGCCAGCACAGUCGGACGUGCCCUUGUCCCUCUGAUCGCAAUGGGCCGUUUGCUUGGGCCGCACCAGCCAGUCAUUCUGCACAUGCUGGAUGCCGAGUCGAACAUGGACAGACUGAAGACAAUGCAGGAAGAGGUUCUACGUGCGGCUCAUCCUCUGCUCCGAAGCAUCAAGGUAACCUCUGACGUCAAUGAGGCGGCAAGAGGUGUCAGUCUGGCUUGCGUGCUGGGUGGAGACCGUGGAGGGUGCGAUCCCGACCCGGGAACCCCCGUUGAAACCCUCAUCAGCGACAACGUGCCCCUUUUCCAGGGUCUGGCUCAGUCCUUACAGAGAAGGGCCGACCGGGACGUAAAGGUCGUGGUCGCUGCCGAUCCCGCAAACACGAACGCUUUCAUCAUGCAGGCGAGCGCACCGCAGAUCAACCCACAGAAUAUUACUUGCUUGUCGAGGGUAUACCAUAACCGGGCAGUGUCACUAAUCGCUCAGAGGGUUGGUGUGCCUGUAGUGGACGUUAAGAACGUCACCGUUUGGGGAGGGCAGUCCGUGCGGGGGUGUUUAGACGUGAGCCAUGUCGUGGUCAUGACAGGGAAGGGUGUGUACAAGCGCAUCACCGACGUAGUUGACGACAACAACUGGCUAGAGGAAGAGUUCAUCCAUAGCUUCUGGCGACAAGAGGGCCAGAUAGACGUUGCUAUGUCUGUUGCUAGGGCUGUUUGCGAUCACGUUUCGGACUGGCUGAUGGGAACACCAGAAGACUCGUGGGUGUCGAUGGGAGUACCCUCGGACGGUUCAUACGGUGUCCCUCGGGGACUUAUCUACUCCUUUCCAGUGUGGAUAGCGAACGGUCGCUGGGAGAUUCUACAUGGGCUCCCUAUCGACAAGCACUUGAGAGAAAAGAUGAAUGAUGCUGUGAGGCAACUAGCCCACCAUAGGUCUUUAGCGCAAGCCGCAAUCGAGAGAUCGAACCGAAACGACGAAGGCAGAGAUUGCCUUGGAACCCCUGGGUAUCUCGGCAUGUACUCUCAAACGAGAUCAGCGGAAGUAAGCGGAGUAGGACAAUAUAGAAUAGGGUAGAUUUGAAGUAGAGUCUAGUCGUUGUCAAACCUACAGAGUUCAAGCUUGCUUCCUGCAGUGGCAACUUGUAUAGCUUCGUUCUC